UCAAGUAAAGACGCGGCUGUGCGUCGUAACAGCGUCAAAAAACUCAUAACACCUUGGACUGUGCCGUAUUUGCGUCAGUCAUGUGGGUCUGUAGUGUGAACAGAUAUAUUAGCUUGAAUCUGAGAGCCUCCCACUGACACUCCAGCAAAAAUCGGGAAUAUUCUUGAAGACGGAAGUGAGCGCUUUAGUUUUCCAAUCAAGGCUGUGGACGCUUCGCAUGCAUGUCAGUUUUCGAAUGCUUAUUUACGUGUCUUGUAUAUGUCUCCGAGUUACUCCCGAAGGUAGGUCAGAGCUUUCAUUUGCCUCUGAGACUAGCUUCCUCCAGCGGUAUGGCAGCGGCAGCAGAAAGGCCGGAGGACUGCAGCCGGAGCGGCGGCGCACAGGGAGCCGUAACAGGUGACGGUGAACCUGAGGAGGCCGAGGAGUUCACCUGCCCGGCCUACUGCUCGGAGCUCUCCAGGCGGCAGAACGAGCAGAGGAAGGCGGGGCUGUUCUGCGACAUGACGCUGGUCUUCAGAUCCGGGGGGUUGUCCGGGGAAAGGGUCCAAACCUUAUCCGCCCACCGCUCAGUUUUAUCCGCGGCGUCGCACUACUUCGCGCUGCUGCUGGGCGGACAGUUUUCAGAGUCUCUGUCGGGGAGAGUGGAGCUCAAAGAGUGGAGCUCGGAAACCGGACCAGACCCAGAGACCGUGAGGAGCGUCAUACAGUUCAUGUACACGGGAGAAAUCAGGGUAACCACUGCAAAUGUGCACGAAGUGUUGGAACUUGCAGACAGGUUCCUGUUGGUGCAGCUAAAGAACUUCUGUGGAGAGUUUCUGAUGAAGAAGUUGACGUUGUCCAACUGUGUAGCCGUGCACAGCCUCGCCCACAUGUACACCCUGGACCAACUGGCCCUGGGAGCCGUCGAGAUGAUCCGCAGAAACUUCCACAAAGUUAUCUGCAACGAGGAAUUCUACACGCUGCCAUUUCACCUGGUGCGAGACUGGCUGUCAGACUCAGAAAUCACUGUGGACUCUGAACAGGAAUUGUUUGAAACCAUUGUAAAAUGGGUGCACCAAAACACAGAGGAGCGAGAAAAGCAUUUUGAGGAACUGUUCAGGCUUUUAAGGCUGCCACAGAUUGCUCCCACCGUCCUGACACGGGUGGUGAGAAAGGAGCCCUUAGUAGCAAACAAUGAAUCUUGUCAGAAGCUGGUGUCUGACACCCUUGAAUUCCAUGCUCUUCGUUUUGAGAGCCUCAAAUCAGCUGAUAUACAGCUCUGUGCCUCCUACAUGGCCUCGGUCCAGCCACGUUUUGGCCAGAACAUGGAUGUAAUCAUGGUAGUGGGUGGUGUUUCGGAAGGUGGAGAGUAUUUGAGUGAGUGCGUGGGCUACUUUGUUGCUGAGGACCGUUGGGUCAACCUGCCACACAUUCACAACCACCUUGACGGACAUGCCAUUGCAGUCACUGACAGCCAUGUGUAUGUGGCAGGCUCCAUGGAGCCAGGCUUCGCCAAGAUGGUGGAGCGCUACAACCCUAACCUCAACAGCUGGGAGCAGGUCAGCAGCCUUAUCUCCCGCAAGCACUCCUUCGGCCUCACAUGUGUCAAAGACAUACUCUACAGCGUCGGUGGUCACGGUAACUUCAGUCCAGGUUUUAAGGACGUUACUGUGUAUGAGCCUGAACAGGACGAGUGGCACAAUCUUGAGCCAGCACCAAAAAUACUACGAGAUGUAAAAAUAGUGAGCGUGGAUGAUCGCUAUGUGUACGUGAUGGCCAGGACCCCUGUAGACUUGGACAACGAGGAUGGACUGAGCACUGUGACUGCUUGCUACGACACAGAGAGUCACAAGUGGCAGGAAGUGGACUCAUUACCACUCAUUGAUAACUACUGCAUAUUUCAAAUGGUUGUUGCAUCCACCAACUUCUACCACACAGCUUCCUGUUGCUCCAAGAACUACAAGGUAACAGUUGAGGCCGCUCAGCAGAAAAUAAGCAGAAACAUCUCAGACGACAUCCUCGACAGCCUCCCUCCAGAGGUCCUCGGCAUGGAGGGUGCUGCCAUUUGCUACCUGGGUGAGGACAUCUUCAUCAUUGGUGGGUGGAGGAACAGCAACAACAUGGAUAAGCAGUACCGCAAGGAAGUGUACCGUUACUGCUCAGAUAGGAAACGUUGGAUGUUGCUGCCACCUUUACCUCAGCCUCGCUGCCGAGCUGCAGCUUGCCACGUUCGCAUCCCGUAUCAGUAUCUUUACGGCUGCCAGCGCUACCCCAUGCCCCAGAACUUGGUUCGCCAGCGAGACCGCAUGCAGCAGAUGCAGCAGCUCCAUCGACGCACGCUCACUCUUCGGAGGCAGCUGCAGUCUCAGAUUGAAUGUUGAGAUCAAAUCUGAUGUUCUGCCUUGUCAUCACUUCAUGUGAUGAUAAAUGCCUUGUUGUUUUGCAAAGACUUCUGUCUUGUUUUUUGCCUUCAGUGAGGGGAAGUGUCUGCUUGGGUUUACCUGGGGCUAAAAGAUACUGUUCAAACUGUUGAUUAAGAAAAAAAUAAGAAUAAGCCAAACAGUCUGCUACGUUAUCAGUCACACAUAAUCAUUUUGGCCUUUCAUUAUUAGCUUAUGCCUCACUUUUAUUCUGCUAGUAAAUGAUACUGUGAUUGCUGUGCCAUUUUCUGAAAAGACUGAUGAUUUCACUGCUGAAUCUCAGUUUUGCUUUUUAUAUGCAGUCUGUUGUAGUACCUAAGAGUAAAUGAUGUCAGCAUUUGUUGUGAAUCUUAAACUGAAACAGACUGUUAUCAGUGAUGCUUUGCUGUGAAAUUUGGUGAAGUUCAGCUUUGAGAGGCAAAUUAAAUUAUAUUUAUCGUGAUGUAGGUUAGACUUAAAUGAACAUACUGUAGAACCAGCUGAGAAAGGAAAGCCUUUAGAUUUUGAAUGCUUUUGCUACCUUAAUCUGAUUUCUACCUCCAAUUUACAUGAUGAUUUUACCUUUUUUUGCACUGGAUUCCUCCUGGAUUGAAAAUAUGGAUUGAAAUAGGAUUGAAAUAUGUGGUUGAUUGCGUUGAGAAUGUUUUGUGUGCUCCACGCCAAGCACAUAUUGGGGAACAGGGUGUUCUGUGGUUAUACAUUUCCCUCUCAUUAAAACUUAAACAAGCUUAAUAUAUUUUUGCACUUGAAUACACACACUAAAACAGAUUGCAAAAUACUGUUUUACCAUUCCAGUGGAUGUGUAUAAAUGUGUUGAAUUUAUUUCUGAAAUAUUUCAGCCAAAAUUUGCUUUAUUUAAUUUCCCAAGUUGUUGUAUAUCUUGACAGAUCAGACCAAAUACCCCAAAUACCAUUUAAUGUUUGUUUGACAGUGGCUUAAGAUGGUUUUUAGUUUGCUGGUUUUUGUGGGCUCAUUUAGUUUGUGCUGCCUUUGUAGUUCUUGCAGAAUUUGCUCUGCAUCUUACUUUGUGUGAAUAAGAGCACAUGUUUGCACAUGGACUCUGCACUUUUGAAAAGCUAUGAAAUGUGUGAAACACAUUAAACCGAGAGGCUGUUUUGUGGGCGGUUCUCUCAAUGUUCCGAACUGUUCCCGAUAAAUGCAGGUGAAUUAGUUGUAUUUCCAGCAAUAAAGGAUGCGGAGUGUUCA